UUCUUGCCUAAGGUACCUUACCUACUCAACCGGAUAGUCACGUGAAGUCAUCACCACAUUUUCCUCGAGUCUGGUGCGGUAAAAGCUACCUACCGGCACCUUACGACUCGACUUGAGCAUCCACGGACAAAGCAACCUCACCAACUCAUCACGUCAAAUCUGUCAAUCGACAAAGGAGCCCACCGGCUUGCGGCAGGGAAAACAACAUCCAUACGUACUUCGUUCCCCGGGCGCGGCGCAUCGACAUCAUCGUUUCCCAUCAACGGGGGGCCACCUGUCUCACUAGCGCGAACGAACCUCCCCCGGCAUCCCUGUCGCGUUCCGGCUGAUUUGCGCCCAUUUGCCAGCGGCGGCCCCAAGGUCACCAGCUCACGGUCCCAAGUCCCCCAAGUCCCCCAUCCUGAGGUACGGAUAAGUCUCCAAGCAACAGCAGGUCGAGUGGUCGAACUCGACUUUUGUACCUAGCCGCGUCUCCAGCUUGACCUCUCACCACCACCUUGCAGACUGCAGUGAUCAAGGGUGAACCACCUUGUCACCUUGACCUUGAUCUCGACCUCUCUCUGGAGUCUUUCCCCCCAUCCCCGAAAGAGACAAGACAAGACACCACCAUCUCCUCAACCCACCCACACCAACAAGAACCGGGACCCUGUCGCCAGUCCACCGUCACCUCCACCUGGACCUUCACACCCCCUGGCCCCCGAGGUGCUGCAAAAAAAAGAGGCGAGGGCCAAGGAAAAGAAAGAGAGGGAAAAAACGAGAGUGAGCACAGGCACAAGCUGUUCAAUGCCAGCAGCCGGCCAGCCCAGCUCCACCGAAACAGGAUCCGACCAGGGGAAUCCAAAAUAAUUCUGCGUCCGUGUAACACAACAGUGUGUCGCGAUCUUCCUCUGCUCCUCGACCCUUCCCUCCUACUUCCCUACCUUGCUUCACACCUCACCUCACCUUACCUCUCACUCUCAACCUUACCCUCCCACAACACCACACUCACGGUUCUUCAACCGUCGCCCUGUCGAACCCUCAGCACCGCGAUUAGCACCGAACGAUACCUUUACCUAUCGAGCGAUCCUCUUCGGCACCCGCAUACAGUUCUGCUUUUGCGAUAGCAUCCACUGCACCCUAGUCGCCGUCGCGCUGACGCACCCUCCGAUACCUAUGUGCAAUCCACCCUGUGGGCUUUGAGCUAAAAACUCGGCGCGAUGGAUCCAAGACAGCCGCCACAGCUGCCCUUCUCGCGCAACGCUGCUUCACAGUACAGCCGCUCACCUUUUCCUCCAUCGUCGAACACGACCGCGACAUCAACACCGAACCAGUCGCCAUUCCCACCCGUCUCCCACCCGCCUGCGAACAAUCCUCCAUAUGCCGAGCAUCAGCGACGCUCCUCAGAAAAUCCAUACUACUCAUCGGGCCCGAGAUCGUUCCCACAAGAGCCCAGCUCGGGUCCUCCUCCUCCUCCUUCGGGCCACUCUCGACACCCGAGUGCAUCCUCAUUACCUGGUGGCCCGCCGAUGAAUCGUAAUAUGCCUCCUCCGGGCUCUCCUCCCCAGCCCGGGAACCCACCUCCCCCGGGAUCGCAUCAGAUGGGGCACUAUGGCUUGCCUGUGCCAAGAGCUCCGCCGUUGAAUGUUGGUCAUCCAACUUCAUUCCCGGGGGGCCGCGAGCUACCCUCGCUACACUCAAUACAAAGAACGGGGAGCACCGGUAGUUCAAUGUCAAUAUCCUCCAUGUUGGGCGGGCCUCCGGCAGCGCAAAGAGACUCGCAGCCGCCGCCUUCGCAUUUUCCUGCGCCUGCGACCUCGGCGCCCUCUGGGCCGACGUUCGCGCCGACGAUGCAGGCUUCCCCGAGAAUGCACUCUGCAUCUUCCGACUACCAGCCUUUCAGAAGACCUCAGACACCAGACCAUCAGCGCCCGUAUGAUCCGAGAGGCAGCGCUGCUGCGUCACCACAGGGUGCGUAUUCGACCACGCCCGAGAUGCAGCGGUACGGCACACCCCAGCAGAGCUACCACCAGCGCGGACCUUCAGCUCAAGAUGGUAGAGAAUCGAGCCGAAUGCCUCAAGGCCCUCCACCGAGGCCUACGAGCCAGCCAAAGUCGUUCCAGAAUAUGCCGCCGAGGUCUGCCGACAUGGGUCGAAAUAACGGACCGGAAGAGAUGUAUCCGAGGCGAGAGGAGAUAUCCAGAGGCUCAAUGGAGUACAAUCCUGAAAGACCCGGUCUGAAGCCCAUGACCUUUGAUGACCGUUACCGCGCAGAAAGAGAUCGCCGGGAUGAGAUCGAGUUCAGGGAAAGGGAGCAGGCAAGGGAAAGAGAGCGCAGAGACAGAGCAUAUUCUGGAGGCGACGGCGGUCGAGGACCUCCUGUACACCAGGGCGAAUAUCGGCCCCAGGAAGUUCAAAGAGGCCAGCCUCCACCAUUCACCCGGCCCCCGGAGCAGCAACGUGAACAAGGCCCUUGGCCGCCGAGACAGCAGCCGCCUUUUGAUCAGUCCAGAGUACCGUACGAUCCCGCUGGACUACACCCAAGGCAUCACGACUACCCUCCGACCUCUGCGCCUGGCUACCCACCUCAAGCUCAGGGUCAUCCCGCUCCAGCUCCUCAGUUCCAGCAACAGCCACCUCCCAACGAUCGGUAUCCUCCUCCCAAUCAUGCUCAGCAGCCCCCUCCAGGCCAGCCUGGGCCACCAGGGCAGCCCGGCCAGCCUGGUCAGCCGCACCUGCAGCUACAACAGCCGCAACAGCAGCAGCAGCCUUUUGACUCUCCCGAGCGACGGAUAAAUCACCUACACCCCCAAGGGCAACCGCCUCCGCCGCAUCGCCGUCCUGUCGAGGAAGGCCCGCCGCCUCCAUCAGUCGCAUACAGCACACCUCAUGGCCCGCCAAUGUACGAUUCGCCUCGCAACCGACCUGCUGAAGAGCAUCCAAACAAUACCCAAAGAAAUUUAUUGGCGGUCCAGGAGAUCAAUCGGAAAGGACGAGUAUCGCCAUUACCUCAGGCUGUCCAAGGAGCACAAUCACGACAGCCAGGACCACCAGGGCAGCUCAGCAUAAAGAGCGAGUUUGGUAAGAUGUUCUCCGGGAUAGGAAGCGGAGUCACCCUUACUGGCAGCCCUGUCAACACAGUGACUCCAUCACCAUACACAAACGCAAGUCUUGCAAGACGCGACGAAACAGACGGCCCAGCGCACGAGUCUGGACCAGACACCGCAGCGCCCAAACCCAAGGGCAGGCGGAGAAAGUUGAAGGAAGAUGACACCAAGGGUGACGAGGAGAGCACGGGACGACUGACGCCUGUUGGUCGAGCAAAGCGCCCGAAGACUCAUCAACACCACCACCAUCACCAUCAUCACCAUCAUCACCAUGGUCAUCAUGCUGUCGAUCACGCCAAUGCCCCCACCCCUACUCCCAGUGGCGGCACGCCUUUCAAGAACGUCAAGGGAAACACCCCCAUCCCAUCUCCGACAGGACUGGCGAAGGAUUUGCCGGCUGCUCACCACCAUCAUGUUCCUCGACCAGCGCAUCAGCAUCAACACGUGAAGGAGACGCCCGCCAAGCAGGCCGUGCACAGCCCGACGAAUGUUCUUCCUCCCAAGCCGAAGACGAUUGUAACCUCAAAGGCUGUGGUCGAAUCGGUCGCUCACUUGCCGCGAACUCAUCUGGGCGAUGUGCUCUACGAACCCAAGCUCAGCCCCGCGAGACAAUUGCCAAAUGUUCCAUCAGGCCGCGGAUUUUCCUCGACACCUAUGCCACUUCCUUGGAAUGUCAUCAAGGACAAGGAGAACUGCACACUCACUGUGAAGGUACCCAAGGUGCACCUGACUCCAGCGGCAAGGGAAGAGAUCACGGCUCGCAGGGCAUUAUGGGGCACAGACGUGUACACGGACGACUCAGAUGUCGUUGCUGCCUGCAUUCACGGCGGAUGGAUUCGGGGUGAAUGGGCUGAUGAUGUGGACGUGGCAAUGUUGGACCUCGAUCGUGGUAUCAAUGCCCCCGAAAGAGAAGUUCCGGCAACGAAAAGACGCAGCAAGGAAAAGGAUAAGGAGGAGAAGGCCCGAUUGGAGGCGAACUCGGCCACAUACCUCGACAAGCCGCCCAGGACGGGCCCUGUCACUGUACCCGUCGAUCGCGAUAUGCACGUCAGCCUCGUGGUUCUCCCACGAUUGGAUAAAUACGGUAGCACUACUCGCUUCGGCAUCCAGUCGCGAGAAUUUGGCGGACGGUACAAUGGUCGACAGUCGGUCCAUGACGGCAUCAGCUACAUGAUUACGGGUAUUCGCUGGGUCACGAAUGGCGCCGGCACGCAAAACCGUCUCCGUGGCAAAGGCCGCAGAGAGCGAAUGCGCAAGGCCAUGGGAGAGAUGCACGCGGCCAGCCGAGGCCUUAACGGGGCCGAGCUGGAGCGCGAGAAGCUUCGCCUGAGCAAGAUUCGAGGGGAGAUCGUCUCCGGCACCUGGUGGAAGAGGAACCAAGGUUCGCGUGCCUUUGGCGAGGACAAGGAAGAACGAGCGCCGAGCGAAGGGGAUAAGGAAAACAGAAUCGACGGCGAGCCUCCUCAAAGUGCGGCUCCCAAGGCGAACGGAGUUACCACAAAUGGCGCUUCGGCGUCCGAUGACGACAAGAUGGAUGUGGAUAGUGCCGCCGCAAAGGUGUCAGAUGUUCCAGUUGCUUGAGCUAUCUAUCACGGCUUGAUUUGAAGGCGAAUGGCAUAUGAGCAUUGAGCAGCGGAUGACAAAGUUGGAGUAGUUUUGUAGGAGUAGCGC